AGUUUUCUAUUGAUCUUGGUUGGUCCUAUUGAAGAUCAUUUAGCACCCAUAAAGAAUCCUCUGCUUAAUGUUAAAAAACUGACAAGUUGUUUAAUUUUUAUAUUUUAAAGGAUAGCGGGGGGGAGGGGGGAUUGAAAAAGACAGACUAAAUCUGUCAAAAUCAUCAAUGAGAAUAAUGAAGAUUUAAAAUUGUUCCCUUCCUCUGUAUUAGAACUUGGGGUUUGUUUGUUUGUUUGUUGUUUUGAAUCAUUGUGACUGGGCAGAACUUCCAAAAUUGGGAAUCUUGAUCUUGCAGCCAUAUUAUUUCAUCAACAUGUGCCUUGUCUUUCCAUCUGCAGCAGCCUCAAAAGGCUUUAAAAUGGCCACUGGUCAGUCAAACUGCUUUCACUGCAAGGAUUCACUUUGUGGCAAACGAUACAUCAUGAAAGAAGAAAAUGUUUUCUGUGUGAAAUGCUAUGACAGCCUUUUUGCUAACUUUUGUGAAAAAUGUCAUAAAGCCAUUGAAUGUGACUCCAAGGAUCUUGCUUAUAAAGGCUGCCACUGGCAUGAAACGUGCUUCAAGUGUGCCCAAUGUCAUCACUCCCUGGUUGAGAAGCCCUUUGCAGCUAAAGAUGAGCGCCUGCUGUGUACAACUUGUUAUUCUAAUGAAUAUUCAUCUAAGUGCUUUCACUGCAAGAGGACUAUUAUGCCUGGUAAGAUAACAGGAAGCUGGAGAUGGGUGGUCACCAAUGGUGGGGUGACUUACCAUGACCAGCCAUGGCAUAAGGAAUGUUUUCUAUGUACUGGAUGUAAGAAGCAACUUGCAGAACACCGAUUCAUGUCCAAAGAUGAACAUCCUUUCUGCCUGGAGUGCUUCAGUGGACAUUUUGCAAAGAAGUGUGUGGCCUGCACCGAACCCAUUACUGCUCUUGGAGGAGGCAAGUUCAUCUCGUUUGAAGAGCACCAAUGGCACAGCGACUGCUUCAAGUGCAGCCGAUGUGCCUGCUCCCUGGUGGGAAAGAACUUCCUCACCCAGCAAGAUCAAGUCCUCUGCUGCAAUUGUGGGUCUUCUAUAUGACUCAAGGAUGCUUGUCCCUUCCCCUGCAUUAUUUUAGCCAUGCACAUAUUUGCUCACUAGUCAGAAAGCAAUCUAACAAGAAUCAUAAUUUACGACUCUCUGCAUCCAAUAUAGCUACUUUCCAUAACAGGACUCUUGUUUGAAAGAAAUUAUUCUGAACAUAACAAGAGCCAGAAAAAUGUUUGUCCUCACUGUGUUUUCUUGUAGUAGAGUGCACUCUGCUGUUAGGAAUCUGCGUCUGUACACGAUCUUGUUAAAAUUCUCAGUGAAAUAAGUUUAUGCAAGAGCUGUGUUGCAGGAAAAAAACAAACUUAAAACUCUCCAACAGUACAAUGUUUUUUUGUUGUGUAACACAUACCUAUAAAAGAAUAUCCUGGCAGGCAGGUAAGAUUCAAUGGUUUAUAUUGGUCAGCUUGCUUAAUUUAGAAAAACUGAAAAGAGAGGAUCAAUUAUAUUCUGCUGCCACCAAAGGUAUCAUUCUAAGAUUACAUCCCAUAACUAACCAUAAAAAUAUUAGAAAUUCAGCCUGUCAUGUAGUCAUUCAAAUCUUUAUUCCUCCGCCCAACACACUUCAAUCCCCAAUAUAUGCACAGAACUAAAACUGCUAUUAUCCUUAAGGAACAAAAUCAGAGGUUUUUAGACUAUAUGUUGUUCCUCAAAGGUGACCUCCCCAACUCUCUUCUCUUCCAAAGUUGUCACCAAACAGCAAUUUUUAGGGGAUCUGAAAGAGAAAAUUAUGAAAUGUAUGCCUGAAGAGCAAUCACCUUAAGUCAAUUAAUUUGGUUGGAUACGCAGCUGUAUCAUCUCAUUUAACAGCCAACGAGGCCAUUUGUCCUGGAAAAAAAUGUGCAGUGCAGAAGUAGCCUAUAUGGAAGCAUAUACAUAACAUGGUUCGAUUGGCUUUAGCUUAGAUGGCUAUGGAAAGGCAAUUGCAUUUAGCAGACAUCAAUUAGCUUGAUAAAAGAGGGAGAAAAAACACUUACAUGAAGAAAAGCAAUGAAUAUCAUCUCUGAAUGUGUAAAUUCUGCUGUGAUAGUUCGCCUGCUGUAUGUGCAUGUCAAGAUCUUAAAUUCUAGAGUUGGUUCACAUAAUUGAAAUCCAAAACAAAUUAUUCCUGGUUGUCUUUACUUUAACUGUUGUUUUAUAAGUAGCUUGGGCCCCUUAGAAGCAGAGAAAGAGUAUCAUUACAAUAGUU